CUGCUAUUAAAACAGCUCCAGCCCUGCAUGCUUCCACACUUCCCUGCUGGGGUGAGCGCCACCACAGAGAUGAAGCUAGCGACCUGGUGCUGGCUGAGCUCAGCUGUCCUUGCUGCUUAUAGUUUUUUGGUUGCGGCAAACAAUGAAACAGAAGAAAUUAAAGAUGAACCAGACAAGCACGCCUGCCCGGUGAGACUAGAGAGCAGAGGGAAAUGCGGGGAAGGAGGUGAAUGCCCCUACCAGGUGAACCUGCCCCCGCUGACUAUUCAGCUCCCGAAGCAGUUCGGUAGGAUAGAGGAAGUGUUCAAGGAAGUCCAGAACCUCAAGGAAAUCGUAAAUAACCUGAAGAAAUGUUGCCAAGACUGCAAACUGCAGGCUGAUGACAACCGAGACCAGGGCACAAAUGGAGUGUUGGUACCUGGCACCGGAGUCUCGGGAGGGGCUGAUGAAAACAAAGUUACAGAAUUAGAGGACGAGGUUAACAAGCUGUCCUCUGACCUAAAGAAUGCAAAGAAGGAUAUCGACGUGCUUCAGGGUCACCUGGAAAAGCUGAAUCUUGUAAAUAUGAACAAUAUAGAAAAUUAUGUUGAUAGUAAAGUGGCAAAUCUAACAUCUGUUGUCAAUAAUUUGGAUGGCAAAUGUUCAUCUAAGUGUCCCAGUCAAGAACAAAUACGAUCAUCUCCAGUCCAACAGCUAAUAUAUAAAGAUUGCUCUGAGUACUACAAAAUAGGCAAAAGAAGCAGUGAGACCUACAGAGUUACACCGGAUCCCAAAAAUAGUAGCUUUGAAGUUUACUGUGACAUGGAGACCAUGGGGGGAGGCUGGACCGUGCUGCAGGUGCGUCUCGAUGGAAGCAUCAACUUCACCAAAACGUGGCAAGACUACAAAGUAGGGUUUGGAAACCUCAGAAGAGAGUUUUGGCUAGGAAAUGAUAAAAUUCAUCUUCUGACCAAGAGUAAGGAGAUGAUUCUAAGAAUAGAUCUUGAAGACUUUAAUGGCGUCAAACUCUAUGCCUUGUAUGAUCACUUUUACGUGGCCAAUGAGUUUCUCAAAUACCGCUUACACAUUGGUAACUAUAAUGGCACAGCCGGAGAUGCUUUACGUUUCAACAAACACCACAACCACGAUAUGAAGUUUUUUACCACCCCAGACAGAGACAACGAUCGGUAUCCCUCUGGGAACUGUGGGCUCUACUACAGCUCAGGCUGGUGGUUUGAUGCAUGUCUUUCUGCAAACUUAAAUGGCAAAUAUUAUCACCAAAAGUACAAAGGUGUCCAUAAUGGGAUUUUCUGGGGCACCUGGCCUGGUAUGAAUAAGGCACAACUUGGUCACUACAAGUCCUCCUUCAAAGAGGCCAAAAUGAUGAUCAGACCCAAGCAGUUUAAGCCAUAAAUCACUAAUGCUCAUUUCUCUGAGUAUUUGUUACCUAAUAGGGCAAUUAAUUCCUUUUUGUACUCCUUUUCCAUGGUUAAAAAUUUAUUUCUGAGCAGUGGGUACUUAUGCUACACAGCAUUUGAAAUAAAGCUGAACAACAUACAUUUUAAAGGAGUCCUUUGUUGCUGUUAUGCUGUUACACACACAAAAAAGAAAAA